AUCACCAGAGGGCAGUUAUAAAGGCGACUGAGACAAAGCCUCAUCCGUGUUGUGUUCAGCUCCCGGAAGAUCGUCUUACAAGUCAACUCAACCCGGCAAACAAAGAGGUAUUCCCUGGGAGAGUACAUACGGCGAGGUAAAGAUGACUUCCACAGCCGAUCGUCUGGCCCAUCAGAAGAAGAGGGAGAAAGGCAUUGGAACCAACGACAAUGCAGUGUGGUUUCAGCGGCAGAAUUAUGAGACUCUACGGCAGGAGUGUCUGAAAAGGGGACGCCUAUUUGAGGAUGACUGCUUUCCAGCAGAGCCCAAGUCACUGGGUUACAACGAGCUGGGACCAUACUCAUCCAAGACCAGAGGGAUCGUUUGGAAGAGGCCAACGGAGCUGUGUUCCAACCCAAAGUUCAUUGAUGAUGGAGCCACAAGGACAGAUAUUUGUCAGGGAGCUCUAGGAGACUGCUGGCUACUGGCUGCCAUAGCCUCAUUAACUCUUGACCAGCGAAUCCUUUCCCGAGUGGUGCCUCCCAGUCAGAGUUUUACUGAAGACUAUGCUGGAAUAUUUCACUUUCAGUUCUGGCAGUAUGGUGAAUGGGUGGAUGUGGUGAUAGAUGACCGUUUACCCACCAGAGAUGGAAAGCUGCUGUUUGUCCACUCUGAGGAGGGCACAGAGUUUUGGAGUGCCUUGUUAGAGAAGGCUUAUGCUAAGGUUCAUGGCUGCUAUGAAGCACUGGCAGGUGGAAACACUAUAGAGGGCUUUGAAGAUUUUACAGGAGGAAUUGCUGAAAUAUACACCUUAAACAAGGCUCCACCACAUCUCUUCAAAAUCAUUCAGAAAGCCCUAACACUGGGCUCACUAAUGGGUUGCUCGAUUGAUAUCACCAGUGCUUAUGAAUCAGAGGCAGUGACCACGCUGAAGCUCGUAAAAGGACAUGCAUACUCUGUCACUGGGGCAGAAGAGGUAAAUUUUCGCGGCAGAGAAGUUCAGCUGGUUCGCAUCAGGAACCCAUGGGGCCAGGUGGAAUGGACAGGGCCUUGGAGCGAUGGAUCCAGUGAAUGGAACCAUGUCAGUACAGAUGAGAAAUCCAAACUGAAUCAUGUAGCUGAAGAUGGAGAGUUCUGGAUGUCUUAUUCAGAUUUCAUGCACCACUUUUCCAAGCUGGAGAUCUGCAACUUAAGUCCAGACACACUUGGGAGCGAUGAAGUGGGCCACUGGAACCACCACCAGUUUGAGGGGAUGUGGAGAGUUGGCUCCACAGCUGGCGGCUGCCUCAAUAACAGAGCCACGUUCACAUCCAACCCCCAGUUUGUGGUGCGUCUGGAGGAUGUGGACGAUGAUCCUCUAGAUGGAGAGGACGGGUGCACUUUCCUGAUUGGGCUGAUGCAAAAGCACGGAAGAAAGCAGAGGAGGCUGAACCGUGACCUGGAGACCAUUGGCUUUGCCAUAUAUAAGGUCCCUGAUGAGUGCAAAGGCCGUAGCAACGUUCACCUCGGCCCUGAUGUCCUGCUGUAUCAGAGAGCUGUGGCCAUGAGCAGCACUUUCAUCAACACACGCGAAGUGUGCGAUCGCUUCAGGCUCCCACCUGGAGAAUAUGCCAUCAUUCCCUCCACCUUCCAUCCUCACAAGAAUGGCAGCUUCAUUCUCAGAGUCUUCACAGAGAAAAAGGCGCAAACCAGUAAACUGGAAGAGGACAUUGAUGCUGAAAUAGAAGAGGAGGAGCAAUCAGAGAGUGAUGUGGAUCCUGAUUUCAAGCGCAUUUUUAAGCAGAUAGCCGGCAGUGACAUGGAGGUAUCAGUCUUUGAACUUGUUCAAAUUUUGAACAACAUCGUUUCUCACCGUUCUGACAUCAAGACAGAUGGAUUCAGUCUGGAGACAGGGCGUCUUAUAGUCAGCCUGCUUGAUAAAGAUGAUAGUGCCAAGUUGGGACUGAUGGAAUUCCACUUGCUCUGGAACAAAAUCCAGAAAUACCUUGAGAUCUUCAAGAGUCAUGACACAGAUAACUCUGGCACUAUGAGCUCCCACGAAAUGAGAGGUGCUGCCACUAAAGCAGGUUUCCACGUCAACAGUGCAGUGCUGCAGGCUAUCGUCAGUCGUUAUGCCGACGCUCAGUACGCCAUUGACUUUGACAGCUUUGUUGGUUGUCUCAUCAAACUGGAGAUGCUUUUCAAAAUGUUCAAAGCUCUGGAGGUCAGAGACUCGGGAAAGAUUGAGCUCAGCCUUCAACAGAUGUCAGGCAUCGCAGCAAAGCUCCAGCACGACCGAGAGAGAUCCCAGGGGAUUGGCUCCAACUCCCAGGCAGUGAAAUACCUGAACCAGGACUUUGAGGCGCUGAGGAGAAGCUGUCUGGAGCGAGGACAGCUGUUCGAGGAUGACUGCUUUGAAGCACUGCCUUCAUCCUUGGGUUUCAAUGAACUGGGCCCAAGUUCUUACAAGGUUCGGGGCGUCACUUGGAAGAGACCCACGGAAUUUUGUUCCGAUCCAAAAUUUAUUGCUGAAAAUGCCACCAGGACUGAUAUUUGUCAGGGAGCUCUAGGUGACUGCUGGCUCCUUGCAGCCAUCGCCUCCCUGACUCUCAACAAACAGGUUUUAUACCGUGUUGUUCCUCAUGAUCAAAGCUUUGAGGAAAACUAUGCUGGAAUCUUUCACUUUGAGUUCUGGCAGUUUGGUGAGUGGGUGGAUGUCGUGGUUGAUGACCGUCUGCCCACCAGAGACGGAGAACUGCUGUUUGUUCACUCGGCCGAGGGUUCAGAGUUCUGGAGCGCCUUGCUGGAAAAAGCCUAUGCGAAACUAAAUGGAUGCUAUGAGGCCCUCUCUGGUGGCAGCACUACUGAGGGUUUUGAGGACUUCACCGGAGGCAUUGCUGAGAGUCACAACCUCAGCGACUCAAAUCCACAUCUCUUCAAAAUCAUUAAAAAGGCCCUUGAAAGAGGCUCCCUUCUGGGAUGCUCCAUUGAUAUCACCAGUUCAGCUGAUUCGGAGGCUGUCACACACAGCAAACUGGUGAAGGGCCACGCUUACUCUGUGACAGGAGCCGAUCAGGUGGAGUACAGAGGAGAGAUGGUGCAGCUGAUCAGGAUUAGAAACCCGUGGGGUCAGGUGGAGUGGAAUGGAGCCUGGAGUGACAAUUCAUCUGAAUGGAGGUACAUAAAUGAUGAUGACAGAGAAAGACUGACCAAUCGCUCUGAGGAUGGGGAGUUCUGGAUGUCAUUUUCGGACUUCCUGCGUGAGUAUUCCCGAGUGGAGAUCUGCAACCUCACCCCGGAUGCUCUUUCAGGAGAUGAAUUCAAGAAAUGGGCGGAGACAGAGUUUGAGGAAACAUGGAGGCAGGGCGUUUCAGCUGGGGGCUGCAGAAAUUUUCCAGAUUCCUUCUGGACGAAUCCUCAGUUUGUGAUGAAGCUGGAAGAUGUGGAUGAUGACCCCAAUGAUGAUGAGGAGGGCUGCACCUUCAUUGUGGGCUUGAUGCAGAAGAACAAGCGCCGAAAGAGGAAAAUAGGGGAGGACAUGGAGACCAUCGGCUUUGCAAUUUAUGAUCUGCCUGAGGAGUAUUCUGGCAAAAGGCAGGUUCACCUGAAGAAGAAUUUUUUCCUUCGCAACCGCUCGUCCGCUCGAUCUGAGACCUUCAUCAACCUGCGGGAAGUGUGCAGCCGCUUUUGUCUCCCCCCUGGAGAGUAUCUCAUUGUUCCCUCCACCUUCGAGCCCAACAAAAACGGAGACUUUUAUGUGCGAGUUUUGUCUGAGAAACAAGCUGAUUUUCAAGAGAUUGAUGACCCUGUUGACUGCCAUGUGGAGCAGAUUGAUAUUGACGAGGAUGACAUCAGCGACAGAUUUAAGAGUCUGUUUGGACAGCUUGCUGGACAAGAUGUGGAGAUUUCUGCUUUUGAGCUCCAGAGAAUCCUCAACAAAGUGGUGGCAAGGCGAAAUGACAUCAAAACCAGUGGGUUUAGCCUGACAACCUGCCGCAACAUGGUCAAUCUGCUGGAUAGGCUUCGGUUUUCCAUGACUAUUUUCGUAAAGAAAGAUGGAAGCGGAAAGCUGGGACUGGUGGAAUUCAAAAUCCUCUGGACAAAGAUUGACAGGUUCUUGGGUUUGUUCAAAGAAAGAGACACAGACCAAAGUGGCUGCAUGAGCUCCUCAGAGAUGCGGAUGGCAAUUGAGGAUGCAGGUUUUACACUCAAUAACGCUUUGCAUCAGAUCAUCGUGGCCCGCUACAGUGAGUCAAGUCUCAGCAUUGACUUUGACAACUUUGUGUGCUGCCUGGUUCGCUUGGAAUCGCUGUUCAACACUUUCAAGACUCUGGAUAAGGAUGAUUCUGGUGAAAUAGAGCUGAACUUUUUGGAGUGGAUAAAUCUGGCGAUGCUGUAGAGGAUCUUGAGAAUCAAGAUUGAAGAGUCAUCAGCACUCCUUUUUCUUUUCUUUUUUUCAAACAAACUGGUUUGCCUGCAACUUGAAAAUUAAUUAAUUAGAAAUUAAUUUUGUUGCGAAAUGAUCAUAGAUGCUUUGAAUAUCAGCCACUACAAUAAAAUCUUGUGUGUUACAAAUGGUCUCUUCUCUGACAGCUGGGCAACUCGGGAUGCAACUCUGCAACUGCAGGGGGCAGCAGUGAUGCUUUGUGGAACAUUGUAUGGACAUAAUGGAAUUGGGAAAUAUAUUUUCAAUUGAAAGAUCGGCAGUUCUUGAGGAUGCAAUUGUCCUUGAAUGUUUGCAGCAAAGUACAUAGUAAAUGUCCUGUUAGUAUUGGAUAAAGAAUGCAACCUGCUUUAAUAAUAAUAUUAAAAAAAGAAUAGGAAAGCUGCCUCUGUGCCAGAAAGUGCUCUGAAAGCAGUCGUUGCCUUUGCUCCUGGUUCAGUGUGAAGUUAAGCUGUCGAUAAUGGACCAACAUCACACCACAAGGCUCUUUGCAGAAAGGCCUUUUUGUUUCUUGUACAAACCAUGAAGCUUCUUUUAGGUGCACAUUUGAUGGAUUCAAAUGCUAAGGG